GAUUACAAGAUGCAUGGUAUGUGCGUACUGUCGCUAUUCACUUUAUGAUUGUGCCAUAACGACUGUGUUAUUCUACCCAUUAUGAAAAUAUUAGUAAUACCUACAAGUUUGGAGAAGUUCCAUGGUGCAAUAUGACAGACUCAUUAACCAGCCAGGUUGGAUGAACACACAUACCAUGUGUCACUGGUCAUCAGGUUUUCUCUGUGUCAUGGAAAGGGGUUAUAUAUUGUGACAGGAAUCUUCAGCCGUCUGUUUGACAUCUCAUUUGACCUGGGUGGUUAUCACAAUGCUGGUGUGAGCCACAGGUUGUUGAUUGUCUCUUCACAUUGGGACAUGUUUGACAUUCACGUAUAAUUAAUGUUGGCUGAUUCAUGCAUGUAUUCAUGAGUGGUUCAGGUUAGUUCAGGCUCUGACAGCCAUUUUCCACAAUGUGAUACUCCUGUGUAUUUUGUCCAGGUGAUGUAGCUGUAUAAUUGGACCCAUGAAAUGAUCGGUAAUCUAUUCUCUACGUGCUCUGGACAAAUGUUUCUUUCGAAUCACACAAAAUUAACUUAUUCUCGGGUAUUGACUUUUCUUUACAUUUCUUUGGUGUGCAUUGACAGAUGGACGUUUCUAUAAUCAAUUCAUUACUUGUGUGGGAUCCAGGUUUUUUAUGUAUCAUACAAGCUAAACGUUAUGUGGAAUAUUGACUUUCAUUAACCCAUCUGUGGUGUACACUGAAUUUCUUCAAUAUUUACUGAAAGUUUCACUUUCAUUGAAGAAAGUGUUUAUCUUUUCUAACUCUAAACAUGAACACUGCAAUGGAGUAUUCAAGCUAAUUUUUAAUUGCCAAGCAGUUUGGGAAUAUUAUUACAUAAUUAUUCAACAUGGCUAUAAUAUAUUCCACACCAACGAAGGAUGAAAUAAUUGCUGUAUGAAAUAAUUGCUUUGGUAUCGGAAUACAGUGUGCUUCAGUUUUUAUCAUUUGAUUUAAUCUGAUACGAGCUAUAGAGUUUCUUGUGUUACCAGGAAUAGGACUUGACUAACUUGUACUUGUGCACUGCAAUGGCUUGCUUCAUGUCUGUGAAUUAUCAUUUGUCUGGCUAUACAGCAACCCCUGGGUUAUCUGCCGUGUAAGACCUGGACAUUAACUUUUGAUCCCCCGUGGAAGUGAUGCUUUGUGUGGUCUGAUUGUGAACCGGUCUUCUUCAUCAUCGUUUGUGCUGGUCUAAUUACGAUGUUUGUGUACGUUGUUGGCAGUCAUGGCCAGGAGCAGGAACUACAGCAACUUGAUGUGCGAGGUAUUUCAGUUUCUGAGAUAGAAAAAGUCCAGGAUGCGUUUAUUGUUGCUGUAGAAGAUGAUGCCCAGCAGAAAUUGGAAAAUGCUGCAACACUUCAAAAUGUCGUCCCUCGGGAUAUGAUUAAACUGUCUUCUGAAUCUCAUAAAUCUACAGACAAAUCACCACAGCACUCGGAUACAUUUGUAAAAGAUACUGUGACAAAUACCGUUUCCAUGCCGAUAGGAAAGAGCCCCAAGAAGAAGGCCAAUGGUCAUGCCAGCAAUGGAGAAAUGAACGGGAACACACAGUUCAUUGAAAUGAAUGGAUACCUUGAAAAUGACACCCCUAAGAAGGGCAAGGGAAAGUCCAAGAAGGAUGGAAAGCGCCAAAAGGUGGAGAGAAAUUCUGAAGCCCCCUUGAUAGAGGAUCUUGAUGCUCAAGGGCUACUUGCUCCAAAUGGACACCCUUUGAGUCAGAACUUGCAGAAUCGGUCGAGAGAGAACAUUACAGACAGUGAGGUAGAACACAGCUCGUUUGAGUUCGAGGAUCCAGGACCUCACAGGGAAAUGGCAGUAGACUGUCCUGAUGGAUUUGUUGCCACUGUUAAGGGCCCUCCCAGAUACCCCCCUACCCAGCCUCACACACCCAGAGGUUCACAAAUGACACCUGUAAAAAGUUUAAAUUCUUCCAGAGACUACUAUGAAUCAGACCCGAGCCUCGCCACUGGAGCGGGGUCGGUUCCCAACAACCAGAUGCAGCCAACCAUGGAACAAUUGGAGCGUCUCCGCCACCACCAGGAGGAGCUGCGCAAGCGGCGUGAAGAGGAGGAGAAACUUAAUGAGGAAAAUGAGUUCUUACGCACCUCAAUUCGUGGAUCUAAAAAGUUGCAGGCCCUGGAGGGCAAUAAGAAAGUGCUUCCAACGGGAAUUUGUAACACUGCCUUCAUGGAUGGGGAGGAGGAAGAUAUGUAUGAUGGAAUGCCUGCUGCUCCUCUUCCACAACUGACGGGCAAAGAAAACUACAUGAAGCAGAACAUUGGAAUUGAAGACUUGUUUCAGUCUCUACAUCACAUUCGCAGUGAGCUGAAUUCUUCUGAGGAUCAGUCAGAAAUUAAAUUUGUGAAUAACGUGUUCCAUAAUCGCCAGUUUCAGCAGGCUGUGCAGAUUCACCAAAAAAUCGUAGACAUUACUUCACAAUCCCCUCCACCCAAACCCACAGCUGUGAACUCUCAGGAUAUUACGAACGAUGUGUUUAAUGUGGUGCAAAAUUCUCCAGACCCCUAUGCAAGAGAACUGGCCAAUCUGUUACGGAACCCUCACCUAACGACUUUGCUGCAGGCCCAUGAUGCUAUAGCGGAGCAGCAGCACAAGUCUGUGGCGGACGUGCAGCUGGACGAGGGUCUGGAGUACUCACUGAUUCCAUACGGAGAGGACACCGUCAAGAUCAUACACCUCGAGAAGACCAAUGAACCUCUCGGUGCCACUGUGAAAAAUGAUGGUGACAGAGUUGUUAUUGGAAGAAUAGUGAAAGGUGGUGCAGCAGAAAAAAGCGGUUUGUUGCAGGAAGGGGAUGAGAUUCUUGAUGUAAAUGGGAUUAAUAUCCAAGGCAAGAAUGUGAACGAUGUGUCUGAAAUGCUUGCCAACAUGUCCGGCACUAUCACAUUCAUGAUUGUACCCAAUCACAGCUACAGCAGCCCCACACCCACGCCAACCCCAAGAACAGAUAUGACUCACAUGAAGGCUCUGUUUCACUACGACCCCGAGGAUGACCUGUACAUUCCGUGUCGCGAGCUGGGCAUCUCAUUCAGAAAGGGCGACAUCCUGCACGUGAUCAACCAGGACGAUGCCCACUGGUGGCAGGCCUACCGGGACGGGGAGGAGGACCAGUCGCUGGCCGGGCUCAUACCCAGCAAGACCUUCCAGGAACAACGUGAAGCCUUGAAGCAGUCUCUACCAGCUGAUGGUAAAGAGAACAAGAGGAAGGGAAGAUCGUGUGUUUGUGGGAAAACCAAUAAGAAGAAAAAGAAGAAGAAGAAAUCUUCCCUGUACUCUGGCACUGGAGAAGAAACUGAAGAGAUUCUGACAUAUGAAGAGGUGGCAAGAUACUUACCCCAACCUAACCGCAAAAGACCAAUAGUUCUGAUUGGUCCAUCCAAUGUUGGGAGACAGGAGCUGCGACAACGACUGAUGGAGUCUGAUUAUGACAGAUUUGCUGCUGCUGUACCACACACAAGUCGUACGAGAAAGGAGGAGGAGAUUGAUGGUAAAGACUACCAUUUCAUAUCGAGGACAGCGUUUGAAGAUGAUAUUUCUGCCAACAAGUUUGUGGAGUACGGGGAGUUUGAGAAGAACUUGUAUGGAACGAGCGUCCAUGCUAUCCGACAGGUGGUCAACAAGGGACAGAUCUGUGUACUUAACCUUCACCCCGAGUCUUUAAAGAUGCUGCACAGUUCAGACUUAAAACCAUAUGUGAUAUUUAUUUGUCCACCAAACCUGGAAAAAUUGCGAGCACUUCAUCAAAAGCUGGGCAAAGCUGGAAUACCGGAUGAGGAGCUGCGUGAAAUCAUAGAGAAAGCGCGAGAGGUGGAGGAUGUGUACGGACAUUUGUUUGACUACAUUCUCGUGAACAUGGACAUCGACCGGUCCUAUGACGAGUUGCUGCGGGAGAUCAACAGACUGGAAAUGGAGCCCCAGUGGGUCCCAAAACACUGGCUGGAUGCCAACUACAUGUGAUCCUACGGUGGGAGAUCAACAGACUGGAAAUGGAGGCCCACUACAUGUGAACCUUAAUAUCCUAAGUGUCUCGUUCACAGCUACAGCAUUCUGUUGGGAUACCUCGCCUGGUGUUUAUAAAAUUUUGGAGUCUA